AUGGCGUCCUCCUCCCUCCCGGCACCGGCACCCGCGCCCGCGCCCGGCCGCGCCGAGCUCCUCAAGGCCUUCGACGACAAACGCACGGGCGUGCGAGGCCUCGUGGAGUCGGGGGUCUCCUCCGUCCCGGAGCUCUUCCGCCACCCGGACCCCUACGGCUCCAUCCCGCUCGCCCCGCCCGGCGCCUCCAUCCCCGUCGUGGACCUCUCCCUCCCGCCCCACCUCGCCGCCGCCGCCGCCGCGUCGGCCGCCCGCACCUGGGGCUUCUUCCACCUCGUCAACUACCACCAUGCCCUCCCCGCGGCGGCUGACGCCGCCGACGACUACCCCGCGCGCGCCUUCGCAGCGGUGCGCGCCUUCAACGAGCUCCCCGCCGCCGAGCGCGCGCCGCACUACAGCCGCACUACAGGCGGGGUCAACUACUCCUCCAACGUCGACCUGUACAACUCCCCCGCGGCCAGCUGGCGCGACACCAUCCAGAUCCUGCUGGGCCCCAACCGCUGCCCCGACCUCGCCGACCGGAUCCCGGCCGCCUGCCGCGCCGAGGUGCUUGAGUGGGAGGCCCGCGCCACCGCCGUCGCGCGCGCCUUGCUGGGGCUCCUCUCCCAGGGGCUCGGGCUCCGGCCCGAGGCGCUGGAGGACGCGUCCUGCGCCGACGGGAAGCUCAUGGUGUGCCACUACUACCCGCACUGCCCUGAGCCGGAGCGCACCAUGGGCCUCGUCCCGCACACGGAUCCCGGCGUGCUCACCGUGCUCGCGCAGGACGGCGUCGGGGGCCUGCAGGUGAAGCACCAGGACGAGGACGGCAAAAUCUCCUGGGUGGAUGUCAAGCCCGUGCCCGGAGCGCUUGUCAUCAACGUCGGGGACCUCUUGCAGAUAAUGUCUAAUGACAAGUACACGAGUGUCGAGCAUCGGGUGGUCAUGAACACACGUGAAGAACCCAGGGUUUCCAUCGGCAUUUUUUUCAGUCCUGGGAAGAGAGGGGACUCGGUGUUCUAUGGACCAUUGCCAGAGCUGGUUUCUUCAGAGAACCCGCCCAAGUACAGGAACUUUACCAUGUCCGAGUUUUAUGGGACCUUCUUCUCACGAGACCUUGCGAGCAAAGCUCUACUUGAUAACUUCAAACUGUCAUCUUAA